GGAGGGCGGGGCGGGCGACUGCGCUGGCGGGCGGGCCGAGUCGGGAGGGCCGGGCCCGCGGGCUGCGGCGGCGCUGGACUUGGCGCUGGCGCUGGUGGAGGCGCCAUGGCGGCCGACGCGGGGCCGGAGCGCAGCAGCCGGGUCCUGACGCCGGAGUCGGCGCCCAGCCCGGAGCCGGGCCUGGAGCUGGGCCCGGAGUCGGAGGAGGACGCGCAGGCCCGGGCAGAGUUCGCGGCGCUGCAUGGCCCGGCGCUGCGCGCGUCGGGGGUCCCCGAGCGGUACUGGGGCCGCCUCCUGCACAAGCUGGAGCACGAGGUUUUUGACGCCGGGGAGAUGUUUGGGAUAAUGCAAGUGGAAGAAGUGGAGGAGGACGAGAGUGAGGAUGAGGUGGCCCGGGAAGCGCGGAAGAAGCCCAACCCGGGCGGCGAGCUCUGCUACAAGGUCAUCGUGACCAACGAGAAUGGGCUCCGGGCAGCCGACCCCAACAGCAUCUUCCUCAUCGACCACGCCUGGACGUGCCGCGUGGAGCAUGCCCGCCAGCAGCUGCAGCAGGUGCCCGGGCUGCUGCACCGCAUGGCCAACCUGAUGGGCAUCGAGUUCCAUGGCGAGCUGCCCAGCGCCGAGGCUGUGGACCUGGUGCUGGAGGAGAUGUGGAAGUUCAACCAGACCUACCAGCUGGCCCAUGGGACAGCUGAGGAGAAGGUGCCAGUGUGGUACAUCAUGGACGAAUUCGGCUCGCGCAUCCAGCACGCCGACGAGCCGAGCUUCGCCACUGCACCCUUCUUCUACAUGCCCCAGCAGGUGGCCUACACGCUGCUGUGGCCCCUGAGGGACCUGGACACAGGUGAGGAGGUGACCCGGGACUUUGCCUACGGAGAGGCCGACCCUCUGAUCCGGAGGUGCAUGCUGCUGCCCUGGGCCCCUGCUGACCUGCUGGACCUCAGCUCCUCAACGCCCGAGCCGCCCGCUGAGCACUACCAGGCCAUUUUGGAGGAAAACAAGGAGAAGCUGCCACUUGCCAUCACCCCGGUGGCGUAUCCCUGUGACCACGUCUUCAAGGUCUACACAGAUGUCCAGCAGGUGCUCAGCCACCUCACGCACCCGCGCUUCACCUUCACCCAGAGCGAGGCGGAUGCCGACGUCCUCUACCACUUCUCACACCUCAAGGACUACAGGAGGCUGAGCCAGGAGAGGCCCAACGUGCUGCUGAACCAGUUUCCCUGCGAGAACCUGCUGACGGUGAAGGACUGCCUGGCCUCCAUCGCACGCCGGGCGGGGGGCCCCGAGGGCCCGGCCUGGCUGCCCCGCACCUUCAACCUGCGCACCGAGCUGCCGCAGUUUGUCAGCUACUUCCAGCAGCGGGAGAGGCGGGGUGAGGACAACCACUGGAUCUGCAAGCCCUGGAACCUGGCCCGCAGCCUGGACACCCACAUCACCAAGAACCUGCACAGCGUCAUCCGGCACCGCGAGAGCUCCCCCAAGGUUGUGUCCAAAUACAUUGAAAGUCCCGUCCUGUUCUUUCGGGAAGACGUGGGGAGGGUCAAGUUCGACGUCCGCUACAUCGUGCUCCUGCGGUCGGUGAAGCCCCUGCAGUUGUUUGUAUACGACGUGUUCUGGCUGCGGUUCUCCAACCGGCCCUUCGCACUCAACGACCUGGACGACUACGAGAAACAUUUCACUGUAAUGAACUACGACCCGGAAGUGGUGCUGAAGCAGUUGCACUACGAUGAGUUCAUCCCUGAAUUUGAGAAGCAGUACCCAGAAUUUCCCUGGAAGAGCGUCCAGGCUGAAAUCUUCCAGGCCUUCACGGAGCUAUUCCAGGUGGCGUGUGCCAAGCCGCCCCCACUGGGUCUCUGCGACUACCCCUCAUCCAGGGCAGUGUAUGCUGUCGACCUCAUGCUGAAAUGGGACAGCCGUCCAGAUGGGAAGCGAGUGAUGCAGCCGCAGAUCCUAGAGGUGAAUUUCAACCCGGACUGUGAGCGGGCCUGCAGGUACCACCCGACCUUCUUCAAUGACAUCUUCAGCACCUUGUUCCUGGACGAGCCCGGCAGCUGCCCCGUCACCCGCCUCAUCUAGGUGCUUGCUGGCCCCUCUGCCAGUGCUCGCAGGAGGAUUCCAGCCUCGGUUCUCUGAGCUGCUUCUGCAAAGUCCCUGCUGCUCCUCUCCCUCCGCCCUGCGAGCCAUCGUCCUGGCCUCACACUGUGGGCUCGGGUCCCCCUCUCCGCAGCGGUCAGGAGCAGGGCCCAUCACAGUGCCCCCAGGGCCGAGCACCAAGCCCCGCCCACACUCCCCUCACCACUGUGCAGUUGAUUGGUCUCAGCUCAGACACAGGCUUUCUUCCGGAAAGUUUGGUUCCUGGGGUGCUGUGCUCCCAGAGAGUGUAAGCGAAGAGGGGUUCUGGGGAGCAUGUCAGGCAAGGUUCCCCAGGAGCGCCACUGGGAGCCCAGACAUUGACAGACCCAGACUGGCUGCGUCUCGUGUCUGCCUCCCAUGCUCCACCCCAGGCCCUGAGUGACAGGCGUCCCCAGAACACCCUGGGAGCCUGCUUCUAAGGCCCAGCCUUCUUGCCCCUGUGAGUCAAACCUUCACCAGCAAACCUCCCUUCAGGCUCCAGGGCAGGAUGGCCACUGCCUUUGGUUACUGUUGCCUUUCCACUUGGUCCUGUGCAAGGGACCAAAUGUGGUGCCAGCGCCUGCCUGCCCAGGAUACUGGUGAGGGGACUCGGGGACAGGAGGGGGCCGCAGAGUACCAGGCAGUGGAUGGCCAAGAGACAAUUCCAAGGAGAGCUUUACGUUGAAGUCAGAUGUCAUCUUCCACCAGUCUAGAGUCAAAAUGUGGGAUUUUUGUUACUUUUUCAUUCAUGGGGAGAAAAUUUAAAAUUCUCAUUCUUUUCCUUAAUCUUGUUUCUGAAAUUUUGAGUCAGUUUCCAGUAUAUUUUGUGUAGCCACCGUGCACUCGGGUCAAGCUAAAGGCACAGGGGGCAAGUCUGAUUUUCAUGCCUGCAGAGCUUUCGUGUGUGUGUGUGUGUGUGUCUGCUUGUUUCAUUCUGAAGCCAAGAGUGAUCCCUGUAGCAAAAUUGGACUUGAUCGUGCCUCCCAUCUCUGUGUCUGUCUGGGUGUGUCUGUCCAUCCUCUCUGUUAACCAGAAGGUCAGCCUGUGUCCUGGGAUAGCACCCCUUCCCUCCAGCCAAGUAGAGGUGGAAAGGGCGGGACACCUCAUCUCUGGCUUUGUCCCCGGAGAGCUGCUGCGUCCCGUCCCCUCCCUGACCUGAUUUGUACCGCAAUAAAGGAAGUCUUCUGUC